UUUUAGUUCUGCAUGUUAUCAAAAUAUUUCAAACUUGUAUAUAAGUCUGAUGAAUGCUAAAGCCAAAUCAUUUGUGAUUUGUUAAUUUUGUUAUGCCGGGAGUUACUAUCGCAUUCCAAUUAAAAUAACAUUGUAUUCAACAGAAGUCUUAAUCUUGUCGAUAAUAAUAAAAAACUUGAGAUGGAUUAUUCCGAUGGCGAAAAUGGCCGCAAAAAUUCAGAUGUUCUGUCUCAAGUAUCGGAUAAAUUACCGCCCCGAAAAAAGCUAUUAAAUAUGGAUGACGCUAUUUUCAAAACAAAGUUUGGAUUGUUCAACUAUGCAAUUAUUUUCGUGAGUGCAAUCACAUUGAAUGCAGUGGCAGUGGAAACAUGUGCAGUUAGUUAUGUGAUUCCUGUGGCAUGUGAUAUGAAAAUGACAUCCGGUCAAAAAGGGAUUUUGGCAGGGGCCGCAUUUUUUGGUGUAAUUUGUUCAUCUUAUUUAUGGGGCUACCUAGCGGAUACUAAAGGUCGACGACGCAUCAUUCAGCCAACGCUGUUUUUGGCUUCUUUUUCAUCUAUCAUUUGUUCAUUUAUUCAAAAUAUCUACAUUUUUGCCGCUUUUCGAUUUCUCAAUGGAUUUUUCAUUUCUGGGUCGGCUGCAAAUAUUUUCGCAUAUUUAGGCGAAUUUCACACCAACGAUAAAAGGACAACAAGUAUUAUUAGCACAACAGUAAUUUACAAUGGAAUGUGCACGAUUGUUCCUGUGACCGCGUGGGCAGUCAUCAAUCAAGACUGGCAAUUCCAAGUGCCAAUCAUUGGUCUUAUUUAUAAGCCGUGGCGUCUAUUCAUGGUCGUAUGCGGAUUGCCUGGUUUCAUUUCAGCGAUUGCUUUGAUUUUUUUGCCAGAAUCACCGAAAUUCGUUCUGAGUCAAGGGAAAAAAGCGGCAGUUUUUCAAAUUUUGCAGAAAAUGAAUCGAUGGAAUAAUGGUAAAAAAUCAGAAUUCGAAGAAUUUGAAAUUCUCGAUGAUGUCCAUUCAAUCGAAAACAAGCAGUGCAUUUCGGAAAGCAUUAAGAAAACUCGAGUCCCAUUGUUAAAAUCGGUUUGGAAUCAAACCGUUCCCUUAUUCAAACCGCCAUACCUAAGAUCGACGAUUUUACUUUGUACAAUCCAAUUCAGUUUAUACUCUGUAUUCAACGGGUUUUUCAUGUUUUUUGCCCAAAUUAUCAAUGGAAUGUCGAUCAAUUUGAAUAGUUUCAUUGAUGAUAGAAUGCCGAUGUGCGAGGCAAUUAAAGUAAAUACAGAUAAUAUGAUUGAAAUCGAAUAUAAUGAGACAAAUAGUGAGGUUUGUAUAGACAAAUUGGAUGUAUCAGUAAUGGAGAAUGGUAUAAUAUUCGAGCUAACAUUCACUAUAGGCUUAGCCAUUGCUGGUUUACUCCUUGGAAAAGUGGGAAAAUAUCCAGUCAUUCUGUUCAUCUUAUUGUCAACGGGUUUGAGUGGUAUUGCUUGCAUACUAGUCAAUAUUCCAUUACUGCAGGUUAUGUUAUUCGUAUGGUUACUGUGUUCGGGUAUAGUUUCGAAUGUUUUGAGUUCAGCUACUGUUGACUUGUAUCCAACGACACUGAGGGCAACGGCAAUAUCGUUUUCGCUGAUGUUUGGUCGUUUGGGGGGUGUUACUGGAGCCAAUACAGUGGCUUUUCUGUUAGAUGAUAAUUGUGAAGCUACAUUCUAUUUGUCGGGAUCAAUGUUAAUCGCAAUUAGCGUACUGGCAUUCUUCAUUCCGAAUAUUCACAAGCGAAUCACGGACUCGGAUCAAGAUAAAACCAAACGUGAUCCCCGUUUAAGUAUAAUAUCAUUUAGGGGAUCUGUGAAGAGUUUUUGAGGUGAAGACGAAACCAACCGGGCAUUUUAUUUAAAAUCCCAGAAACCGUACACAUCUGUUGAGUUUAAAUGCAGAUAUGAAAAAGAACAUUUAAAACGAUAUAACCAAAUUGUUUGCUGUCAAACUUUGUCUCGCUCACGCCAACUGUCACACUGACUCGUUCGUGUACGAAUUGCUGUUAGCGUAAAAGAGACGUUUUUUUGCAGUGGACUCAGUUUAGAUGUUCUUUAUGUGUUUGCAUCUGUUUGAUUAUUAUUUUAUGAAUUCAAUAAAGAAAUAUAUUAACCAUUCC